ACACCCGGAAGCAGGAAGUGCUGCACCUGUUGCUAUUGUAUCGCGAACCACCGAAAAAAGUAAAAAGUUUGACGUCGAAUCUUUAAUGUCCUUUUUUUUUCUUUUGGUUUAGCAGUUGACACUUUUAGCGAAGCAACAAUUAGUCGGUGGAAUUCGUCAGGGACAAAAUUCAAUGGCGGAGACGCCGCAGGUGAGAAAGACGAGCGGAGAUGAGCGCCCGGAGGAGGCCGGGCAGCAGGCAGCUGACGACCGGAAAAGUCGCUCGGAGGUCGGCCACAAGUCGGAAGAACCACCGCUGACUCUGCCGCUGGAUCAUUUUAAAAACAGCAAGUUCUUCGUGCUGAGGCCUGGCACGCUGCACGAAGCCAUCAAAGAGGUGAAGUCUCUGGUGGAUACGCAAGUCGACGGCAACAUUCUCAGCAUUUGGCUGCUGGCAGAGGUGGAUCACUGGAAUAACGAGAGAGAACGCCUAGCGAUCAUUACUGACAACUUCCUGCUGCUCUUCAAGUACGACUUCGUCAUGUUCAGAUGUGAGCAGAUCCAAAAGAUUCCACUCAACUUUGUGGACCGGCUCUGCUACGGCACCUUCACCUUCCCGAUGACAAACCUGCUUCAGCGUGAAGGCGAAGGCUUGCGUGUCUUCUGGGACCGACUGAGGGAGCCGUCCUUCACCUCCUGGUGGAACCCCUUUGCCACCGACCUGCCCUACGUCACCUUCACCUCCCACCCUGUGAGGAACCUCAGCGAGGCCUUCUCUUCCAUCUGCAAUAUUCAGAACUUCCGUGAGGAGCUCAAAGGAGCGGCGCAGAAAGCCCACAAGGUGAAGCCGGUCCCCGGGAAGGCCAAUGGCGUCCUGGUCCUGGAACAGUCCAUCCACAUCCAAGCUUACGUGGGCCUCAUGUCUUUCUUGGGGAACACCAACAAGCUGGGUUACUGCUUUGCUAGAGGAAACCUCGGCUUUUAGGGAAUCUUUCACAUGAUCAUGGUCUCGCUUGGUGCUGUGAACUCACUAACCCAACUUGGAUGUGAACCGAAUCAAGCUCUUGAUUAACCCCUUGGCUAUUUUCCAAUGCUCCAAUGACAUCUUGGAUGCGCUGCAAGCCUCUAAUAAUGUGCCGUAUUCUCUUCAGCGUGACACUUGACUCAUCUUCCUGCUUCUAUGAUAAUCCCUCGCUCUCACAACACCACGCUUUUCCUCCUCCCUCGGUGUUUCCGUUCAAAGCCGCCUGGCGCCCCACGCAGCCCCUAAGAGAUGCACGUUUGUUACUGUUUGUAUAGUUUGUUGUGUUUAUUUUUACACAACUCGUGCACCGGAGACGGCGCUAUUUGUGGCGCAAACUUUAGGCUUUUAGGUUGGCUCCUGUCUGCUUUUUUUGCGUUUAUUAAACGAUCAUUCACACGUU